AUGCAGCCACUCCUCCUUUUGUUGGCCCUUCUUCUGCCUGUUGGGGCUGAGACAGAGAAGAUCAUCGGGGGCCAUGAGGCCAAGCCCCACUCCCGGCCCUACAUGGCGUUUGUUCAGUUUCUGGAUAAGGACAGUAAGAAGAGGUGUGGUGGUGUCCUCGUGCACAAGGACUUUGUUCUGACGGCUGCUCACUGCUGGGGAAGCUCCAUCAGAGUCACCCUGGGCGCCCACAACAUCAAGGAACAGGAGAAGACCCAGCAGGUCAUCCCCGUGAGAAGAGCCAUCCGCCACCCAGACUAUAGUCCAAAGAACUACUCCAGUGACAUCAUGCUACUGCUGCUGGAGAGGAAGGCCAAGUUGACUGCGGCUGUGAAGACUCUCCCCCUGCCCAGGGGCAAGGCCCGGGUGAGGCCAGGACAGGUGUGCAGCGUGGCCGGCUGGGGCCGGAUCUCGAUGGACACCUUAGCAACCACCCUGCAGGAGGUGUCACUGGAAGUGCAGACAGAUUGGGAGUGCAGAUCCAUCUUCCACGACUAUUAUAUGGGAGCCACCCAUAUUUGUGUAGGAGACCCAAAGAAGAUGAAGACCGGCUUCAAGGGGGACUCUGGGGGCCCCCUCGUGUGUAACAACGUGGUCCAGGGGAUUUUCUCCUAUGGAAAAAGUGAUGGGACACCUCCAGGGGUCUUCAUGAAGGUCUCACACUUCCUGCCCUGGAUAAAGAGAACAAUAAAGCACCUCUAA